AUGAAGAAGUACUCGCCGAGCCGAGCCAUUUGGGGCACUCGCCACUUCUUCUGCGCCGUGAUCUCCAAGGAGCUGCUGUUGAAUGGUGCCUAUGAGCUGCCGUACAACAUGCCACCAGGGCUGGCAUCCACACGAGGCCAUCCUGGUCUGACGAUCAGUUUGACGGGGUUGGGAGGCGGCUUGGAGAAUCAGCCGCAGACGGUCCAGUAUGAUGGUGAUCUUGCUCUCGCAGAGCUGGACAAAGGUGGACAGGCUUUCUGGCAGUCGCAAGGAUUCGACACAGUUGCCUUGCCCUGGCUCCCCUUCUUUUCCAACUGCGAGGGGUUCGACUCUUACAUCACUCUGUGGGAUCUCUUCGAGUCACCCGGGGACCAAGUUCGUGACGGCUGCGACCUCUACACGGCUGCAGAGGUGGAGAUUGUGCAGCCCCUUAUCAUCAACUUCGACACUUUGCAGGAAUCCUGGGCUCCCGUGGCGGACAACUGCAACUUCAUCACGAAGUGCAACUUUGAAGAGCGACUGCCGGAAGGACACCCCGCCACCCUCUGGUGGGCGCUAGACGAGGAAGUGGACCUCUUCUACAUUACAACGUUCCCGAUCCUUUUCGAAGAGCUCCAAGAAAAGAACGAGUUCGGCGAGCCCAUUGGCGGAUUGGAUCCAGAUGUGGCUGAUGCUUUCUUCUCCAGCAUCGGAGCUGCAAGCACAUUAAGUUUAGGGUUUGGGGUUUAA